GAUGCACACAGUUCGAGUUCUAGGUAUAAAAGAUGGAUGCUGUGGGGAAGCCGAUAUCAGUCUCGAGUAGUUCUAGCAUCUUAUCACAACUGUAGAAAAAUGAAGUUCCUAGCCUUGUUCGUCUCUUUGGAGCUCUUAUGCUUCGCCUACGCUAAGGAUACAAAACUGUCCGAAGAACGCAAACUAAUCUCAUACGAAACAAAAGUCUUCCACAAAAUACCCGAGCACACCAUAGUGGAGGAAAAAAUCGAAGAACUGAAAAAGAUUUCCCCAAUCGAGAAGAAAGAAACGAUCGUUGAGGAAAAGUCAUCCGGCCCAAGCUAUGAGUUCGGUUAUGGCGUGAAAGAUCCAAUCAGCGGCGAUCAUAAAGAUCAGUGGGAAAAGCGGCAGGGUGAUCAUGUGAAGGGAGCGUAUCGAUUUGACGAGUCCGAUGGUACGCAGCGCAUUGUGGAGUAUGAAGCAAGCGGCAAGAAAGGGUUCGAAGCGACGGUUAAGAACGUUGAGAAGAAGGUGGAAGGCACCGAGGAAGAUCCGUCGAUCGUUGAAAAGAAGAAGGAGGGCAAGGUGGCUCACAGUUACAGCUAUCUGAAGAGAACUGGCCACUAAUCAAAAUGACGAAAGAGUUACUAAUACAAUAAACACAGCACUGCCCAAAUAAUAAUGGUGUCAAUUGCA